CCUCGUCGCCGUCACGACUCUUCCGCGCACCCGCCACGCACGUGUCGCCGCCCCGCCUAUAUAACCCUCGCCAGCCAGCUCCGGCGCUCCACUCACUCAGCCAUCAGCCGGCACCCAUCCAUGCCCACCGCGGCAGCGAUGGCGGGCCAGAAGCAGCCCGCCCUCCCCUUGUUCCUGCGGCCGCUGCUCCUCCACGGCGUCGGCGCCGGAGCCCACCUCCUGCUUGCGCUCUCCGUCGCGGCCCGGCUCCUCUUCGCCUCCGGACGCCGCGGCAAGGACACGGCCGCCCCGGGCAUCCGGUUCCGGUGGGGCCAGGUCGCGGUGCGCGCCACGUGGGCGCUGGCGGCGUCCGAGCUCUUCCUCGCCGCCUACUCGCUCGUCUCGUGGUACCUCGAUAACAGCGGCGGCGACGGCGGGGCCGAGGUCGCGGACCAGGCGGACGCCGCGGCGCGCGCGGUGGCGUGGCUGCUGCUCGCGGCGUACCUGCAGCUCGAGUACCGCGGCCGCGGGGAGGAGCGGUUCCCCGCGCCGCUCAGGCUCUGGUGGGGGCUCUUCCUUCUCCUCUCCGUCCUCGCCGUCGCCGUCCACGCCGCGACCAGCCUCUGCUACAGGCUUCCCGUGCCCGCGCUUCCGUGGGCGCGCGACGCCGUUGAGGUCAUCGCGGCCGUGGCGCUACUCGUCGCCGGGUCCUCGGCCAGGAGGGCGGCGACGACGGCCGGCUCUGCUUCCGAGGAACCUCUGCUCAACGGCGCGAGGGACGACACCGUCGAUGCUUCCCUCUUCACGAGCGCCGGCUUCCUCAGCGUCCUCACCUUCUCCUGGAUGAGCCCCCUGAUCGCAGUCGGCCACAGGAAGACCCUCGGCCUCGACGACGUCCCGGACCUCGAUCACGGCGACAGCGUGGCCGGCCUGCUCCCCUCGUUCAAGACGAACCUGGAGGCGCUCGCCGGCGACGGCUCUGGCCCGAAGUUCACCGCGUUCAAGCUCACCAGGGCCCUUGUGCGCACCGUGUGGUGGCACAUCGCGGUGACCGCGCUCUACGCGCUCAUCUACAACCUGGCCACCUACGUUGGCCCAUACCUCAUAGACUCCCUCGUGCAGUACCUCAACGGCGACGAGAGGUACGCCGGCAAGGGGAAGCUCCUUGUUGUCACAUUCAUCGUAGCCAAGGUGUUUGAGUGUUUGUCACAACGGCACUGGUUCUUCCGGCUACAGCAAGCCGGGAUACGUGCUCGGUCCGCGCUUGUCUCCGUCGUGUACCAGAAAGGGCUCUCUCUGUCCAGCAGCUCGAGACAGAGCUGCACGAGCGGGGAGAUGAUCAACAUCAUCAGCGUCGACGCCGACCGAGUCGGGCUCUUCUCAUGGUACAUGCACGAUCCCUGGCUGGUACCUCUCCAAGUAGGCCUGGCAUUGUUCAUCUUGUACUCCACCCUCGGGGUAGCCUCGCUUGCAGCGCUCGGUGCCACAAUUGCGGUCAUGCUUGCAAAUGUGCCUCCGAUGAAAAUGCAGGAGAAGUUCCAGCAGAAGCUGAUGGACUGCAAGGAUGUGAGGAUGAAGGCGACGUCUGAGAUCCUGCGCAACAUGAGGAUUCUUAAACUGCAGGGGUGGGAAAUGAAGUUUUUGUCCAAGAUCAGUGACCUCAGGACCACAGAGACAAGCUGGCUCAAGAAGUACCUUUACACAUGGACCGCGGCCACCUUCGUGUUCUGGGGUGCCCCGACCUUUGUCGCUGUGGCAACCUUUGGAGCUUGCAUGCUCCUAGGGAUACCAUUGGAGUCAGGGAAGGUGCUGUCUGCAUUGGCCACGUUCCGGGUGCUUCAAGAACCAAUAUACAACCUUCCUGACACAAUCUCAAUGAUGAUUCAGACCAAGGUGUCUCUUGACAGGAUAGCAUCUUUCCUAUGCCUUGAGGAGUUUCCGACGGAUGCUGUGGAGAGGCUACCAAGUGGUAGCUCCAAUGUUGCAAUUGAGGUCAGCAAUGGGUGCUUCUCCUGGGACGGCUCACCUGAGCUGCCAACACUGAAGGACCUGAAUUUUCAAGCUCGGCAAGGCAUGCGUGUUGCUGUCUGUGGGACGGUCGGCUCUGGAAAAUCAAGCUUGCUCUCUUGCAUUCUUGGUGAGGUGCCAAAGCUAUCAGGAGAGGUAAAGACUUGCGGAACAAUGGCGUAUGUCAGCCAGACGGCAUGGAUACAGAGUGGCAAAAUUCAGGACAACAUACUGUUCGGCAAGGAGAUGGACAGUGAGAAGUAUGACAGGGUCCUUGAGUGGUGUUCGCUGAAGAAAGAUUUGGAGAUCUUGCCAUUCGGCGACAAGACAUUCAUUGGAGAGAGAGGCAUUAAUCUUAGUGGAGGGCAGAAGCAAAGGAUUCAGAUAGCCCGAGCUUUGUAUCAGGAUGCCGACAUCUAUGUGUUCGAUGAUCCGUUCAGCGCAGUCGAUGCUCAUACAGGAUCCCACCUUUUCAAGGAAUGCUUGCUUGGGGCUUUGGCUUCAAAAACAGUGGUUUAUGUCACUCACCAGAUUGAGUUCCUGCCUGCAGCUGACCUUAUUCUGGUAAUGAAAGACGGGAGAAUAGCGCAAGCAGGCAAAUACAACGAAAUACUUGGUUCAGGGGAAGAGCUAAUGGAACUGGUUGGUGCUCACCAGCAUGCUCUCACAGCAUUGGAUGUGAUUGAUGUUGCUAAUGGAGGCAGUGAGAAAUUAUCUUCAAGCCUAUCCAGGUCACUGUCAUCAGCUGAAGAGAAGGACAAACAAAAUGGCAAAGAAGACGGUGACAAGGUUCAAAGUGGGCAGCUGGUGCAGGAAGAAGAAAGGGAGAAAGGCAGGGUGGGGUUCUGGGUCUACUGGAAGUACCUCACAUUGGCUUACGGCGGAGCUCUUGUACCAUUCGUGUUGAUAGCACAGCUACUUUUCCAAGUACUUCAGAUUGCUAGCAAUUACUGGAUGGCUUGGGCUUCUCCUGUAUCAGAAGACGCCGAGCCUCCAGUGAGCAUGUCGACACUGAUCUACGUCUUUGUGGCAUUGGCUGUUGCAAGUUCCCUGUGCAUCCUUGUAAGGGCAUUGUUGGUUGUCACAGCUGCAUACAAAACGGCAACUCUGUUGUUCAACAAGAUGCAUAUGGCCAUAUUCAGAGCUCCUAUGUCUUUCUUCGAUUCCACUCCAAGUGGGCGCAUCUUGAAUAGAGCUUCAACUGAUCAAAGCGAAGUGGAUACAUAUAUCGCUAACCAGAUGGGUUAUGUUGCGUUUUCCAUCAUACAACUAGUUGGAAUUAUUGUGGUGAUGUCUCAGGUAGCAUGGCAGGUGUUCGUUGUUUUCGUUCCUGUAAUCAUUAUCUUCUUGUGCUACCAGCGCUAUUACAUUGAGACGGCCAGAGAGCUGCAAAGGCUGGUAGGGGUUUGCAAAGCUCCUAUCAUACAACAUUUUGCAGAAUCAAUUAGUGGAUCAACAACCAUCAGAAGUUUUGGCAAAGAAAAUCAGUUUGUAUUAACUAAUAGCCAUCUAAUAGAUGCCGACUCUCGACCGAAAUUCUACAACGCUGCAGCAAUGGAGUGGCUUUGUUUCCGCUUGGAUACGCUGUCGUCCUUUACAUUUGCAUUUGCUUUGAUAUUUCUGAUCAGUCUACCAACUGGUAUCAUUGAUCCAGGUAUUGCUGGUCUCGCCGUCACAUAUGGGCUUAACUUGAACACGUUGCAAGCAUGGGUUGUCCGGAGCAUGUGCAAUUUGGAGAACAAGAUCGUAUCAGUAGAAAGAAUUCUGCAAUACAUAAGCAUUCCUGAAGAGCCUCCACUUUCAACGUCAGGAGAUAAGUUGCCCCAUAACUGGCCAUCAGAGGGAGAAAUUCGGCUUCGUAAUCUCCAUGUGAGAUAUGCUCCACAACUACCAUUUGUUCUGAAGGGCCUUUCAGUCACUUUUCCUGGAGGCAUGAAGACUGGUAUUGUUGGAAGAACGGACAGUGGUAAAUCAACACUCAUACAGGCCCUAUUCCGUAUUGUCGAGCCUACCGUGGGUCAGAUACUGGUAGAUGGUGUUGACAUCUGCACCAUCGGGCUGCAUGAUCUGAGAUCUAGACUUAGCAUCAUUCCACAAGAUCCAACGAUGUUUGAGGGAACUGUGAGGAGCAACCUUGACCCUCUUAACGAAUACAACGACGAUCAGAUCUGGGAGUCCUUGGAUAACUGUCAGCUGGGAGAUGAGGUCAGGAGGAAGGAGCUGAAACUCGACUCACCAGUGAUAGAGAAUGGAGAGAACUGGAGCGUGGGCCAGCGCCAGCUUGUCUGUCUUGGUAGGGUGAUUCUGAAACAAACCAAGAUACUGGUUCUGGACGAAGCCACUGCUUCAGUGGAUACCGCGACAGACAACAUGAUUCAGAGAACACUACGUGAGAAUUUCUCGGAGGCGACGGUCAUCACGAUUGCGCAUCGGAUCACCUCGGUCCUUGACAGCGACAUGGUCUUGCUCCUCGACGAUGGCGUGGCCGUGGAGCGUGACUCGCCGGCCAAGCUGCUGGAGAACAAGUCGUCUCUGUUCUCAAAGCUUGUGGCAGAGUACACGAUGAGAGCGACGCACUCGUAGCGAACGAGUGGAUCCUCCAGCCGUUCUUCCACGCCAUUGAUGAGGCUUUUUGAGUAAGUCUGACUGUUGAUGAUGUUAAACAUUGUAUAUGUGUAGGAUUGUGUGAGUGUAUGGUUGUUGAAAGUUGUUGUAAAUACUGUUAGGUAAGUGUUUACAGCCGGCGCACCGGCUCAAAAUUGCGCCGGUCGCACCCGCGUCUCGUGGGGCCCCGCAUCGCUCUGCCCCUUUCCCUUAUCUUCUUCCCUUCGAUCUAGAGCGUUCUUGGCCACAAUUCCCCACCGCUGCUACCCACCACUCCUUCUCCUUCUUCCAGCUCCCCUCCCCAUCGGUGCUGCCCACCUCUCCCUCUCCUUCCUCCGCCUCCCUCACCAUUGGGGCUCCCCACCUCUCCCCCUCCUUCCACCUCAAGCCGUCAGCGCUUCCACAAGCAGGCGGGGCUGCGACGACCGUCCAACGACAACUGCCGCGAAGCUUCAACACCGGUGCUACGACGGGGCGUCGACCGGUGUUGUGGACGGGAGAAGCCUUCGGCGCCGUGGACAGGAGAAUCCACCGGUGGUUCAACUUCAACGAAGCCCAUUGCUGGAACCGGCUCAUGGCGGUGCUGGAACCAGCACUAAUUUUUGCUACCAUCGGCACUUUGGUUUGCUACCACCGACGACAAUUCUUUGCAUUUUGUUACAACCGGUGUUUUGAUUUGCUGGAACCAGCUUCAAUUUUUGCUACAACUGCCGCAUUCGCUUUUUGCUGGAAGAACGCCCAAUUUUGCUACUUUGCUACAAAUGGUGUUUUAAUUUGCUACAACCAGUUUCAAUUUUUGCUACCACCGGUGUCUUUGAUUUUGCUAGAACAUCCUUCCACAAAGGCUCCUUUUUUUGCAUUUUUGCUUCCACUGUUUUUGGUUUUGCUGGAACUAAAACAAAGAUUUGCUACUACUGCUGUUGGCUUUGAGCCAUGGUUUUCUGCUACUGAGCAUUUUUUGCUGGAACUAUCAUUUAAUUGUGCUGGAAGUGACAUUUUUUGUUGCAACCGCCUUCGCGUUUUGCUACGACCAGGGAAGUUUUUUGCUACAUCCAUGCAUGGCUCCAGAGUCGGCGAGAAACACCGGAGACGACGACGGCGAGGGGCGGCAACCGGCGGCGAGGGGCGGCAACCGGCGGCAAGGGCGGGGACCGGCGAGGGGCGGCAACCGGCGGCAAGGGCGCGGGCGGCGGCAAGCGCGAUCCGCCAUGGACGCGGGCUGUUGGUCAACGCACGAGAGGAGGCAUGAGGACGAAGCGGUACGUCUAGAGGAUGCCGCAUCCAGCGGCUGGGCAUAAACAGAUCGAGCGGCUACGCGCUGACCGGCCCAAAUUUGGGCCGGCGCACCGGCGCCUAUAAGCGCCCAUACUGUUAGGCCGAAGAGAUGUGAUCCAGGUUGGUAACUAACUUGCGGAUCAAUCCUUGGCCUGACUCCCGUGUAAAUCCUAUCGGCCUUGGAGCCGUAUAUUAACACACACGUGUCCCUGCUAAUGCAUACGCUUAAGCCUCGCCUUUUUCAUAUGGUGUAUACAAAGCUAGCCUCUUUCAUUGCAUCUAGAUCAUGUCGUCUUCAACCUCCAUCGUCAUGGCCGAGCAUUCUUUUUUUGGGAUUAGAGAGAGGAAGGAGUUCAUACUUUGAAGAUUAACUCUUCUACUUCUCCAUUUUUGUAUACAAGGCCACAAACCCAUAUUACACGUACCAAGGUAGAAACUAAUGGCCACUUAAGCCAAUGUUGUAAACUAGUUAUUUCUCCUCGCUUGAUGUGUUAAUUAAUGUGUAUUUUUCUCACCAA